CUCCACGAGACACGGAACGUCGCGUUUGUUUUCGCAACCCCGCGCAUGUGCCGCGCAACCUCUGGGAACGAAGUUUCCUUGGAAUUACUCUGCAGCCGCAGGGGUUUAGGCUCAGACCCCUCAUCAUUUUUGCCUCCACUUCCCUGUCCUCCUCCCUCGUGUUGUGGCGCCGCACGUUACGGCGCCGAGAUCGCGCGGGCCGCCGCGGCCCCCCGAUGGGGCGGCUUGCGGGAAGCCGGCUGGGCGCCGCCGUGCGCGGCCGGCGGCGGCGGAGCACCGCGGGAGGGACGACCUCGCCGACGACCACGUGCCGUCGAUCGGGAGGCUUCGGGAACGCCUGGACGGGUUCGGGUACAACUCGUCCUGGGGCGUGGUCAUGGUGUCGGGCGCCCACGAGCAGAGCUUCUCGCAGCUGUCCGCCCCGGCGUGGGAGGCCUACUGCAGGCGCCACGGCAUCGACUUCUUCCUCCAGGAGGAGGCGCUCAACUCCGAUUACAGGUUUGAGUGGAGCAAGCCGCGGGCUCUGCUGGAGAUCUUGCCGAGAGCCCCCUGGAAGUAUGCUUUUCUAGUGGACGCCAAUUCCCUCCCGGUGAAGCUUGGUAAGCAUCUGGAGUAUAUGGUAAAGGCUCACUUGAGACACAAGCGACACGCCACCGACAAGGCCAGCGCCCGCCUGAUGUUCUGCCCUUGGGAUUGCGACGAGGAGUACAGUAACCAUGUCGAGGAGGGUGCGUGCCACGGCCCGCUGCUCUCUGGCUGCAUCCUGUCGGUCAAGAAGGCGGGGUGGGAGAAGACCGCAGAGCUGGUGAGAUCCUGGUACGUCAAGCGCAAAGAGUUCAGGUUCGAGGACCCGCAGGCUCUGGUGCACGCGUUCGACCAGAUGAAGAGGAGAAACUCCGACAAGGUCUAUGCCGGAGGAGGAGGAGGAGGAGGAGGCGCGAGGAUCAAGCUUCCUCGCCACCUUCACGCACGGUGGUGAUGCAUUGGGCUUGAGCGUGCGCGACCAGAUGCACGAGUUCCUGACGAGGAAGCUUUUGCGAGAGAUCGUCGAUAUGACGGGUACCCCCCAAGGGGGCAAGUCGGGGACAAGAGCAUGACCAUGAAGUUGCCUUCGUACCCGCCAUCGCGCACAUAAUAGCGGACACUCUUCGGUGCAGGUUUGUGAACGUGAGACGCUCAGCAAGUCGUGAACACCACAUUCCGGGCGAAGGCCCGCCUCUCAGAGCAAACACGUUCUGCUCGCGGUAAGGACACACAGGUCCCCCCUUCGUGGCCGGUCGGCGAGAUCCCUCCAGCUCGCGCGGGAGCUCCAGAACUCUGCCGACGCGCCGCGCAGAAAAAGUUCGCGGGGGGUCGAGGGCCGCGAGUCGACGCAGGAUCAGAUUGCGUUUCGUUCAGAAACGAAUAUUUCUGCCCUCUCCUUCUUGCAGGACUACGCUUGCACUCCAGUCCUGCAGGCUGCCAGCUCCGAUUUUCAAAUCCUGCCUGGUCGCCGCGGGCAGAGGAAGAAAACGGCUAGGGUGGAACCAGGAUCGGGGAGGGCG